UCUCGUAGGGGAUAGGUGUUUCCGUGAGGGUUGCCUACUGGUAUCCAGGCAGGUCGUCUGUGUUAUAAACCCAGAGCAUAAAAGUAAUAAGAAAUACUGCGUGUCCACUCGUAAAAAUCUGGACCGUGUACAGCGCGAACAGGCACUAAUUGAGAUUGCAGCCCAGGUGCAUUCAGCGCAGCGCACCUGCCAGCAGCGAGUCCCCGGGGCCCACCGUUUGCCAAUGGCCAGGCUGCAGCGCGGCGACCCUGGCAACCACACCAACGGCCUGGAACUCGACGAGAACGCUUCGGACGAGUCGGACUUCUUCCUGGUGCACACGGGCCCGACCGGCACCACCAUUAACAAGAUCCGGCCGGGCGGCUAUCCGUCGGCGGCGCCGGCGGCCGGACCGCCGCGAGAGCUGCCGACCGGCCGCAAUGGCUCGCCCUCCUUCUCCAACACGGUAGCCGCGCCCACCGCCGUGACCGGCAUCACCCGGAAGCGAAAGAUCGACAAGGAGGAGAAGGACAGCGCCGAGCGGGAGGGGCGCAAGACGCGCACCGAGCAGCACGGCGCCGGACCGGGCGGCGUGCCCAUGGUGUUCGACAAGCAGUACCUACGCACCGCCGACCAUCUUCACCCCCAGAUCGAUGGCGACAAGAUCACGAGCUGGCACGCCAACGGCGACGUGGACCAGGGCCUGGCGGCCGACUUCGACGACUCGCUUUCCGGCCUCGGCGUCAACAUCUCGUCCACCACCUACAACAUGAGUGAAGCGUUGCUGGCUCUGCCAAACAUCUCCAACAUGUCCACGCUGCUGAAGAACGAAGUGUCGCUGUUGCCUUCCGAGUCCAGCUCGCUGCAUCAGAACAUGGACGCGUCGGCGACGCCGGCCUCGCUGCUCGAGGACGUGUCGUCGAACAACGAGGAGGGCGCGGCGACGCCGGGCCGCACCGCCGCCGCCGUGGUGGUGGCCGAGGCCCACAAGCUGCUGCACCACAGGUUUCAAUAUGUGCUGAACGCCGCCACGUCGAUUGCCACCAAGCUGAACGAGGAGACGCUGACGUACCUCAACCAGGGCCAGAGCUACGAGAUCCGCAUCAAGAAGCUAGGGGACCUGACCUCGUGCAACGACGCCGUGUUCCGGACAAAGCUGAAGCUGUGUUUCCACGAGCGGCGCCUGCAGUACAUCGAGAAGGAGCAGCUGGACGCGUGGCGCAACUCCCGACCCGGUGACCGGCUACUGGAGGUGGACCUACCGCUCUCCUACGGCAUCUUUGACGUACGCCAGGACCCGAAUCAUCUCAACUGCUGCGAGUUUUUGUGGAGUCCAAACAAAGACGUCGGUGUUUACGUUAAGGUACACUCGGUCAGCACCGAGUUCACGCCCAAGAAGCAUGGCGGCGAGAAGGGCGUGCCGUUCCGGAUCCAGGCGGAGACGUACGGCGGCGGCGACCCUGUCGGGCCGCUCCUGCACUGUGCCGCCUCCCAGGUCAAGGUGUUCAAGCUGAAGGGCGCCGACCGCAAGCACAAGCAGGACCGGGAGCGCUUCAUGAAGCGGCCGGUGUCGGAGCUGGACAAGUACCAGCGCUCGUACGACUGCACCAUCCUCAGCGAGAUGCCGGUGGAGCUGGUGUACAGCCCGCAGCUGCCGCCGGCCGCCGCGCAGCCCGACCCGGCGCAGCGCGCCUCCGUCCCGCGGCCGCCGGACGCGUCCCCUCCGCCGCCGCGGCCACCGCCGCCGCCCCCGGCCCCGCCGCCGCCGCCGGCCGCGCCGUCCGGCGGCGACGGCGACUACAAGCAGCAGUGGUCUCAGCCCAGUUCCAGCCCCACGGACAGCAUGAACGAGGACGAGGCGCCGGGCGGGCCGGCGCCGGCCGUCUCGGACCUGCUCUCGGCCCGCUCCUCCUCCGAGCAGACGCACGCCUGGCUCAUGCGCAACCGGUUCGCGGCGCACGCGGCCACCCUCUGCAACUUCACCGGCGCCGACCUGAUGCGCAUGUCGCGCGACGACGUGGUCCAGAUCUGCGGCCUGGCCGACGGCGUACGGCUGUACAACUGCCUGCACAACAAGCUGAUCCUUCCUCGGCUGACGGUGUACGCGUCGGUGCCGUCGUCGACGCUGUACCACGCCUUCUACCUGUACCAGACGACACGAGCCGAGAUGACGCGCAAGCUGGCCGCCCUGCUGAACUGCGGCACCGGCCGUGUGCGUCAGGUCUGCGUGGAGGGGCCCGGCGGCGUGGCCGUCCUCCUCACCGACGAGGUGGUCCGGCAUCUGCAGAAUGAAUCUCUUUACAAGAUUGAAACAAUUCCAGUAUCGUCGGAGCCGGGCGUGCGGUCGCCGGCGGCGCAGGAGGAGGCCGACCGGGUGGACCUGGUGCUGCACCGGACGGUGCUGCUGCAAAGUGGGUGA